GCCGGAUUCCAGUUCGCUCAGUAUGGCAGUGGCUUUAGGUAACGUUGGGAACUGACAGUCGUAGAGGACUGUUCAAAAGUGUAAGUAAAAGUCGGAAGGUGAGCUCUGCAAAGUUACAAACUAAAUGUAAUACAUGAAAAACGGAACUAACGAGGAUUCAAUACGGAAUAUGUGUGAAAUGAAAAAUACACGACCUUUAUUUUAUAGACCGUGAAGUGGAAUAAAGUGUGCAGCUUAAACUUUUUAAGUUACAAACUGAAUUUUGUUGAAGGGGCGAACACGAAAAAGAACGACUAACUAAAUUAAACAGAAAUAUUGGAUACAAAAUGACUUUGUUGUUUGGAAGGAAGACAUGUGAUCGUUUAAUUGGCAGGUGUGUCAGGAGACUAAACCUUUUCUCUACUCCGUCGCCUUCUAACUGGACUAAAGUAGUGUCGGAUGCUGAGAAGAUCGUGGGCUACCCCACCUCUUUCAUGAGCCUCCGCUGUCUACUCAGCGAUGAACUCAGCAACGUCGCUCUGCACGUCAGAAAGCUGGUGGACACGAGACAUCCUCUAAUCAACACCGCCAGGGGUUUUGUCUUCGAUAAUAAGAACAACCUCCAGAUGAGAGGCUUGGUUGUGCUACUGAUUUCUAAAGCUGCUGGUCCUAGUUUAGCUGCUGAUGCCCCUCUUGAACAAGAUAUGGUUAGUGGAAUAUACCCAAGUCAACGUAACCUUGCUGAGAUCACUGAGCUGAUUCAUUCUGCUUUCCUGGUUCAUCGUGGCAUCGUAAAUCUCAAAGACUGGACAACUUCAGAUGGCCCCCUGAAUGAUAUGCAAUUUGGAAAUAAAAUGGCUGUCUUAAGUGGGGAUUUUCUUCUUGCCAAUGCAUGUACCGGUCUGGCACAACUAAAUAACACAAAGGUUGUGGAGCUCAUUUCCAGUGCCAUUGGGGACUUGGUUCAAGGUAUAUACUAUGAAAACAACAGAACGGGUGAGGAGAUCAACAUUACCGAUGACGUACCAAUUGGAUCCUGGCAAGAUCACACCUUUUUAUCCCAUGGUGCUUUGCUUGCUAAAAGCUGUCAAGCAGCAAUGGAGUUAGCACACCAUGAAAUGCGGUCCCAAACAUUGGCAUUUCAGUAUGGCAAACAUCUUUCUCUUGGACAUAAGCUAAACUCAGAUGUGCAAGCUUUUGUCAAGGAAAAUACAUGUGAUCGAACAUCCUUCAAUUUCAAUAGUGCCCCUGUCAUUUUGCACCAGCAGUUUGUUGGUCGAGAGCAAUGGAUUUGUGAAAUCAAUAAGGCUAGAUCCAGGCAUCAUGAUGCAGGCUACUCAGAGUUGUGGAGAAUCGUGAAGAGUGGCAAAGGUGUGGAUUCUGCCAUUGACCUGUGCCAUUACCAUGGAAACAAAGCACUUGAGGCCAUAAAGUGCUUUCCUCCCUCUGAGGCCCGAUCAGCAUUAGAAAAUAUUGCCACCGCUGUUACCAAUUUGUAACACAAACACAAAUUUGUAUAUACCAGACUGCAUGCAGCUACCAAUACAUUUUUACAGUAUACUCAAAAUGUGAACAAUA